GACCCAGCAGCACCUGGCUCAUCCAACACGGUGGCACUCGAAGAAGCUGAUGGCGUUCUAGCGGAAGAAGGCAAUGUCUUCGCGCAACCCCUACCUUCGGCACCCAACUUGGAACAAAGAAGCCAGGAAUCAGCACCUGACGAACCCGACGCGGUGCUAAUCGAAAUAGCGGAUGUAGUCCUUGUUGAAGACGAAGAUGUCAUGGCACACCAACUACCUUCGGCACCUAACUCGGCACAUCACCAGGAAUCAGCACCUGACGAACCCAAUGCGGUGCCAAUCGAAAAAGCGGAUGUAGUCCUUGUGGAAGACGACGACGUCAUGGCGCACCAACUACCUUCGACACCCUACUACCCUGAAUUUAUAUCAAAAUCUGUCACUCCCUCUCUCAAUGGUUGA